CUCGCGUGCAUGUCGCCCUCCCUCGCGCCCCUCCCUGCGCCGUUUCUCGUCCUCCCAGCGUCGGUGCCCUCCCUCAAGCGUCCCCGCGGCCUCUGGAAGCAGCGUCGUCUGGAAGCGGCCGAGAGCUCGCCUCGAUCCCCCUGGCCGCUUCAGGAAGCCACGUCCCACGCCCGGCCACCGCCUGCAUCCACUUCUCCCCGGCCGAGCCCGUUCGGUUCUCCCCGGCCGAGCGUAGCCGGCUCGCCGACGCCGUCUCUGCUCCAUCUCCGAUCGCCCUCGUCCUCUUCGUCCACGUCGCUCACCGCCAGCGCCGACGACGAGAACGCCUACGACGACGACCAAGGCGACUCUCACAGCGAUUCCCCCCUGUCCCCCAAGCGCAGACGCAUCUCAGGCCACUUUUCCCCCGCCCAUUCCGCACCCUCGCCGACCUCCGGAGCCGCCCCCGGCUGCCGCUGUGAAUCUAUAACCCCCAUUCCUAACCCCCAUGCCACCGCCGUCGCUCCCCUCCGUCUUCCUCCCCUCCUCGCCCUGUCCAUGUUCCCGCAGCCGGUCUCCCGUUCCAUUUCCGCCGUCUCCACCACCUCCAGCGACUCCUCGCUAUCUGCCAGGGGCAAACAUCGGCAAUCCUCCGUUCAGACCCAGACUUCCAUUCACUCCGCCGGCUACGAAGAUUGGGAGAACUUGAAGGAACUCUUCGCCAGAGCGGCCGAGCGUUAUGACGGUGUGUGUCCUCCUCUCCCAACCCACAUGUGCCUGCCUCUUGCGUCCCCACACCUGCCCUGCCGCUCGUCCCGUCCUCGAUUGGCUUGGAGUACUGAUCUCUCUCGCCCAGCCGACGACAUCCCAGAGGCCCUCCCCCUACUCCGUGCCGUCAUUCGCCAGUGUCAUCGCUUUCUUAUCGAUCACCCAGAUCCCUCCGUCGUCUACACCCAUCCCAAACCGAAGCGUCUCAGUCGAUCUCCUGAGGGCGCUAUCACCCCCACUGAAGAGCGCCUACAUCGCGAUUGGGGCACAGACCUCCUAGUAGACACUCCCAAUCUCACCGGCUGGUCCUCUAGACGCCGCUCUAGCACAACCACGAAGCCUUCUCGUCAGGCAGAACUCCCCACCGCGUUUCAUGCCAUCUUUGGCAUAACGCUCUUCCUCAUGGGCAACCUUGUCGCGCAGGAUCCCUCCAUCGUCCUUCCCGAGGAACCCGACGCACCCUCAACGUACUGGCUUGCCGCUCUCGAUGUCUUCGAAACCGGAGAGAACCUUCCCAGUCGAGUGGGUGGUACCGACCUCGAUGCUGCCGAGGAUUGGCGGAUGGCCAUCGUCUGGGGCCGCACCCUUGUCUGCCUUGCCGAUGAGAAGGUAACACAUAACAUCAAGAUGGCGAAGGAGCAGGCCGAGGCGUCCGACGCCUCUCCAAACCACUCCUCAUACUUCUCAACGGCGUCGGCGUUCUCUAUGUCUGAGCCGCACUGGCCCCCAUCAUCUCCGUUCCACGCUAUCGCCCAAUUCCGUCCGCCAGUAACGCGGCGAAUGUCAUUGUACUCCGCCUCUGCUCACGACAUCAUGGUUCUCGCCAUGGAUCAGUUUUCCCGAGGUAUCUUCCACAUGCCUCAUCCGCACUAUUCACACUCGCACAACCCAUCCUACGUUCAUACUCCGGGAGUCGCGCCCUCCGCGUACCAGAAUUCCAGCUAUUUCUCGUCCCCUCAAGCGCCGCCUUCCCAUUACGCUUCGCCAUAUGUCCCCUCCACAGAUCCCCUAAUCAGCUUCUCCCGACCUCAAGAACUCUUCACAAUUGCGUCAGAAGUUCUAGGCGUCGCUGAACGUCUCUCUUCGGGAACGCAACGGCACUAUUGGGCGUCAUGGGCUGACUCGGUAUUCAAUCAGAUGAAGAACGAGGCCGACAUGGACGCUUGGCGGGCACCUAUCCUCUCUGCACGCGGACGCUGCUGGCUCGUCAUGGGCUCCGCGUCCGUCGACGACAUGGAGCCUGCGCUUGAAGCCGGCGACCUAGAAGUCCUGCACACGCCUGAAGCUGAGGAAGCUCGCGAAGGCCUCGCUAUGGCGAUUUCGUUCUUCGAGCGUGCCAAGGGACACCUCGCAGACUCGAUGAACACUGCAGGUCGGGAGUGCGAGGAUGUCUCGCCAUUGCUCGCAGAGGCCCUGCUCGUGCUCGCGAACCUCACUGCAGACGAGAACAAACGCGAGGAGCUCUAUACCCGUGCGCAGGCAGAAGUUGGCGAGGACCUGAGACUGGAUUCCCCGGACGCCUCCAGCGGCUCAAACGCCGAGGCUGAUGCCGAUGAUGCGAUGGAUACGUCGAUGUGAAACCCCCCCCUUGGCGCGUCGCUCGCAGCUGCGAAUCUCGACCGACCUCGCCUUGUCGCUCCAGGGCGGCGGGAACAGCCUAGUCCGGCUGUCCCCGGUGUCUCGGUCAUGGACUGGGGUCUCGAAUCUGAACACCGCAGACGGUCGCGUCCCUGCUUCAAUCUCCCUUCCGUCACUCACUUCCACUCUUAUCAUUAUUCAAUCUCUUUCGGGCUAUAAAUGUAUCGCUCCAGGGUUCAUAGCGUAUCCUCUCUCAUCUCUCGUCUCUCCUGCACCGGUCUCUGUCAUACACUGCCUGUUCUCUGUCGCUCGUCCUCACCGCAUCGCUCUACUCCCUUGCAAUUGUACUCACAUGCUCGUCCUGCAGACAUUCCUAUAUAGCAACUUCUUGUAGGGCGCGGGCUCGUAUACAUUGGUAGAUAUGCUGGCAACAUGGUUAUCAGUAAUUCUGUUGAGACGUGGGCGCAGUCGUCACAACAUCGGAAAGGAACCAAAUUGCAUAGCGGAUUGUGAAGUUGAGUAUGAUUGAGGCCGCUCAAUUCUUUGUGCAAUCAGCGGCCAUUUAUGUAUAGUAUGAGAUAGAGCUUUGAAGUCCAUGUCGUGCAACGGCCAUCGGCGUGUGCAGACUUGAGUUCUGGACACGGCCUUUUUGAUCGCGAAUGCUGGAGUAUAUUCUUAUGGGGCUAACGCGAACGUUUUGAGCUCAGCGCGAGGAGUUGGGAGAUGAUGAAGAUGAAGACGGCGUUCAAGUUGUGGGUGCUGUAAGGGCGGGGGCGCUUGCUGGGUAUCGGCAGGAGGAGGUUAGGGUUGCGAUGCGACGGGCUGAUAGCUGAGCGCAGGCUGAGGCUGAAGGACCUCAGCCAGCUCUAUUCCCCGACCGUCACCAUCUCAUCUACCUCACAUCGUUGUUUCCCGCUUUGCCAGCGACGCCCUUGUAUACUCUGCCCAAGCGACCAGCCCUGCAGUCAGUCGUUACCCGGCCGCCAUGUCUCGAUUCGUCCGAGCAUCCAAGUAUCGCCACGUCUUCGGUCAAAACGGCAAGAAAGAAUAUGGUUUUGACAAUGUCAAAGUCACCAAUAGUGCCUGGGACACCAAUGUCAUCUCUGCCUCUACCCGCUAUGUGUCUUUGAACUGGAACUCCUCUGGUGGAGGUGCCUUCGCCAUCCUCCCCCUUCCCUCGCCCUUCGCCCCUCUACCAAGUGCUUUCCCGUCCAAGCUCCCCGAUCUCAUCCCACUCGCCCGAAGCCACUCCGGCCCUGUCCUCGACACUGACUGGUCUCCGUUCAACGACUCCAUUGUCGCUUCUGCGGGCGAGGAUGGUAAGGUCAUGAUUUGGAAGGUUGAGUCUGGCGCGUUUGAAGGCUGGGGCGAGGACGGCUGGGAACCUCGCGACUUUGACCCCGUCGCGCGUCUUGACGUCUCCCCGCGACGCGUUGGACACGUUCUCUUCCACCCGACCGCGAACAACGUCCUCGCGACUUCCACCGGUGACCACGUCGUCAAGCUCUGGGACCUUGCAAACCCCGAGAGCGCCAAGUCCGUCUUAGGCGGCCAUGGCGACGCGAUCCAAAGCAUCACAUUCAAUCCUUGGGGCACUGUCCUUGUCACGACAUGCAGAGACAGGAAGAUCCGCUUGUUCGAUCCCCGCGCGGGAGGCGACCCGGUUCGCGUUGGAGAGGGCCACAGCGGUAUUAAGGGUGCGCGUGUCGUCUGGAUGGGCGACAAGGAUCGCCUCGCAACCACUGGUUUCAGCAAGAUGAGUGAUCGUCAGGUCGCGCUCUGGGAAACGGGAGGCUUGGGGAACGUCAAGACGAUUACCAUUGACCAGACGUCUGGGGUGCUCAUGCCAUUCUGGACUGACAACAACAUCCUCUUUUUGGCUGGCAAGGGUGACGGCAAUAUCCGUUACUACGAAUACGAGAGCGACAACCUCUUCCCUCUCGCCGAGUACAAGUCAUCAGAGCCUCAGCGUGGCAUGUGCUUCCUCCCUCGUCGCGGCCUCAGCGUAUCGGACUGCGAGAUAGCGCGCGCUCUGAAGGUCGCGGCCAAUUCCAUCGAGGCUAUCGCUUUCAUCGUACCCCGGAAGUCGGACUCCUUCCAAUCCGACAUAUACCCUCCCGCACCCUCUGCUGAGCCCGCCCUUACUGCUGCCGAGUUCUUCUCCGGAAAGAAUGCCCCACCCAAACUGGUAUCCCUGGAGGAUGGCUCGAUCUCAUCUGUCACAGGAUCCGCUCCCAUCGCCACACCCGCUCCGGCGCCGACGAGGACCACCUCCGCACCGCCUCCGGCGGCUGCGCCUGCCACGCCUGCCAUCGUCGUUCGCGACGAGCCCUCGCCUGCUCCUUCGCCUGUCGCUGCACCUCCUCGGAUCGAGCCUACCCGUUCGCAGUCUCUUUCUCAAGACAACUCGGAGGUCUCUUCCCUCAGGGAAGAGAACGCGCGGCUGACAUCAGAGCUGCGCGAAGCUCGCGCACAGAUCCGCAACCUCGAGCUGCAGGUCGAGACCGUGCGCGCCAACGCUCGCAAAGCCGCUGCGCUCCUCGACAGUUGAAUGAAAGUGGUGAUCUGUGGAGGAUUCGUCAUGUGCUUGUUUUCUGGGAAUGGACGGUGUGCUGUAGAUUAACAGAAGGCGAAAAUGUAUGUGAUAUUACACAUCUGUUAGGAAUGCGCGAGCGAGUACAAUCGCAUAGUUCAUGGUAAUGGACAUUAACACAGAUGCUCAUCCUCGUAAGCCUGUAACAACGGCCGGUAUCAUUAUGACUGUAAUUAAGCCCCUCUCUGUUUGCGCAAGAACUGAUUCUGCAUAACGAGCAGGAGCGCAUAUAAAGCCUCCAUACGUGGCAUGCUCACACCGGCCCGCCUACCCAUUCUGACAACCUCACCAACCACAUGCUCGACCUCCAUGGGCCGGCCUGCCUGGACGUCCAUCAGCAUGCUGGGCAGAUGGGUGCUAUCCGGACGAGCAUGCAAACGGGCGGUGUUUGCCAGCGUCCGGUUCACAAGGUCUGGAUCGAGCCCUUUGACCGCGCCGGACUCAGAUGGUGGGUACAGGACGGUGCCGAGGUCAUACACUUCCGAGAGGGUGUCGUAUAGGAAGGGGAUCGAAUACGCUCCGAUCGCUUCCGAUGCAUGCGGGAUGGACACCGUCGCUUUCUGAGACGCGCCCUGGCGCUCGAUCUGAUCUGCAGCCAUCGUUGGAGCCUCAGGCUGUGGACCCGUGUAGCCAGGCUCGAGAUGUGGGGGGCGGAAGAACUCGCGGAGGGAGUGCCGGGCGAGAGCGGAUGAGGCUCCAAGGACGCCGUUCCACAUGUUCUUUGCGAACUUGACGCGUUGGAUCUCGUGGACAAUCGUCGUCUCAGAUCCUCCAUGAGCGAUGAUAUCCGAGAAUGCUGCCAGGAGAUCCGCCUCUGCCGGUGUAUUCUCUGCGAUUGGGGAGGUGGAUGGGGGGCGAUAGACCCCGAGAGAGACGCGGUCAAACUCGUUGUGUUCGACUGUAUUCUUCUCAGUGAGUCCCGUCCCGAUCCACACUGCUGUGCUGAUAAUCCGUGGCUCUUCCUGAGGCUUGAGUUUCUUCAGCGCGUCAUAUAGCGCGACCUCGACGUUAAGUCCGUUUUGAAAGAGGACAUAUGUAGGUUGCGGAUGGAUAUCACAGUAGGGCGGGGACAACAGAGGGGCGAGGAGAGCAGGCGUCGUUUGGAUUUCCGGAAUAGCCUUCGUUGCAAGGACAACGUAGGAGUAGGGGCGAUCGAGAGCGUCAGAGAUCUUCGGGAAUAGCCGAUCAGGUCUCCAUCCUGGAUGGUCGCCGUACUUGCGGCUAUGCAAGUUCAUCCCAUUAGCUCUAACAGCUUCAUAAUUGCUCCGCGCAACAACUGUGACGCGUGCGCGACCAUUGUUCUUGAGGAUGAAUGAGUCUGGGCAGGCGAGGAUCCAUUGGAAUGAGUUGCUGAAUCGAUGGAGUUAACUUCAACUCUGCACAUCUACAUACAUACAGCGCCCACAGCACCAUAACCUAUUAGUAGAACGUCUUUGAUUGCAUGCGUUGUCAUGAUCUGUGAAUUCGCAGGUCAGCGUAUGUAUAGCGGAUUUGUGCUCCGGAGUCAAGUCGAUGUCGCGAAGGGCACGCCGAAAAAGUCAGCU